CGGCGGCGCAUCGCCCAGCGGCUGCGGCAGCGGAGGCGCGUCCGGGGGUCGGUGCUCAAGGACGCGGCGUCGGAGGAGCGGAAGGUGUGGAGAUGAUCUCCGCGGUCGGCAGGGAUGCGGACGGGAGCAACAGCAGCAGCAACGGCGGCAUCUCCGAGGCGGCCGCGGCCGCUCCUCCCGCGGCCAAAGCCAAGGAGGAGCGGAAGGGCAAGAGCCUGAUCCGGGGCUGGAAGAGGGACCGGGACGCCGCCGGUCCUCCCGGCCGCGUCAGGAAGGAGAAGCCCGGCGAUGACGGCCCGUCUCCUCCGCCCUCCGUCUUCCUGCCGGAGCAUCACCUGGGCCCCGGACACUGCCUCGGCCCCGCGCCGGAGCCCCGCGUCCCCGCGGGAGAGAACGCCAACAUGUCCGGUAAACCGGCGCCGGACUGCGGCGCAAAGAGCGGCGGAGGAGCUAUUGUUGUCAGGCGGCUGCACGACGAGCCCCCGGCGGCCAAGAAGCACAGAGGAGCUGAUAAGAUGGACCCCAUGUUCACAGUGCCAGCCCCCCCGGCUCCAGGGCAUCCCGGGGCCCCCGGAUCCUCCCUGCCCUCGGUCCCUUCGUUCUCCACUCCGGCCCUGCCCACUUCCAACCCUAAACAGCUAACGGUCCGGACGCGGUCCGUCGGCACCAGCACGCAGGACGGAGGCGUUUCAGGAGCGCCGGACGGCGAGCCGGCCUUCUUGGGACCCUGUCAGCCCGGGACCAGCGUCAACCUGGAGGGGAUCGUCUGGCACGAGACCGAAGAAGGUGUUCUGGUGGUGAACGUCACCUGGAGAAAGAGAACCUACGUGGGAACCCUGCUGGACUGCACCAAACACGACUGGGCUCCUCCAAGGUUUUGCGAGUCUCCUUGCAGUGAUCCUGAAUUCCCUGGUGGCCGGGGACGAGGGAAACGGAUGAGAAUGGCCAUGUCUGAGCGGUCCUGCAUGGAGCCGUCACAUGCCACCAAAGUCAGGGGACUUUCCCACCACAGGAGCCGUGGAGGCGGUGUGGCGGGAUCCAUCCACAGCAAGGGAAGGAGGGCUAGCCUGAACCUCAUCAACAGCAACGGCAGAGCGCCUCCUUCCUUCUUCACUGUGGAUGACGUCAAAUCCCCCAACAUGACCUCCUCGAUCCCCGCCGGCAAGCGGAAGAACAAACCACCAGCCGACUUGGACCUCAGUCACGUUUCCUCGGAUGACAUCAAAAAUGGGAACGGGAAGCGGAUUCGAGCGAAAUCCCGGAGCGCCCCGUCGACGCCGCUGGGCAAAUCCGACCCGUCCUUCAUGGAUCCGGGAGGCGGAUGCGCUUCCUCUCCUCCCCCGCCCAUCCUCAUCGACUGCCCGCAUCCAAACUGCACUAAACGCUACAAGCACAUCAACGGCCUGCGCUACCACCAGACACACGCACACCUGGAGGCGGAGGAGCAGAGGAAGCCCGAGCUGGGUCCCCCGAAGGACGGAGAGAGCGAGGAUCGACUAUCAGACUGCGAGGACAACAUCAGCAACGUGACGUACGAGCCCCCGGAGAACAGCACAAACGCCCACAGCUCCACCAAGAAGCCUGCUCCUCUCUACAAGGUGACCACGGUGGGGUCUCCCAAGAACAGACGUUUGCUCCUCAGCGCCGACCACAGCCCCACGGCCAACUCCAAAACCAGAAGAACCUCGCUGCUGAAAGACGGGCUCAUCGACGACCUCAGCAACCUGCCCAUCAUCUCCAACAUGACGGUGGUGCUGGAGAACUGCAUGGUCCCGGACAGAAGCUCCUCUGUGGAGAUGCCCAAACUGGAGGCAGAAGGGCUGAUUGAUAAAAAGGGAGGGGUGUCCGAUAAAGGCAAGAAGGCCAACGGCAAGGUGGAAAAGCUAUCCAAGUCCAGGACCAACCGUCCAAUCGCUCCAGCUCCUGCGCCACCGAAGCUGAUCGCCAUACCCAACACGACGUACCCAACCAGCACAGCCGAUGUCGCACCCCCACAGCAGCCGUCCCCGGUGGCUGCCGUAGGCCUCACCAGUAAAAACCUCUCCCUAAAACCCAUUAAACCAAAGCUUAGCAUCGUAGUGGAGCCAAACCUUGUUAAAGCCACAAUGGUCGCUUGCAAAGAGACUAGGAAAAAAGAAAAACGGAAGCUAAAGGACAAACAUAACAAAGAACCAGCAAACAGGACUUCCAACGGCGACAGUAGUGUCCUCAAAGGGGAAGAGGCUGGAAUUGGACCUAAAGGUGGGGUUAAGGAGAUAUCGGGAAGCCUUCUGAAGGAGCACCUUAGCAAACAGGACGUAAUGAACGGACUCACGGAGAGCCAGGAGAGCAGGAUGGCCAGCAUCCGAGCAGAGGCCGAUAAGGUCUACACGUUCACAGACAACGCCCCCAGCCCGUCCAUCGGCGGUUCGUCGAGACUUGACUCGAGUCUGGCGGCAGAUGGCGGCAGCAAGAACGACAGCCCCGCCUACUCCGACAUCUCAGACGCCGGGGACGACGGGGGCUCCUCAGAGUGCCGCUCAGACGGGCUCAGACCUAAGUCGAGCUCCUCGUCUUCCUCCGAGGUGAGCUCCAGCAGCAACCACGCCAACCCGGGUAAAACCCCUCCCACCGCCCUGAAGGAGCCCCAGUCCCCGUACUACCACGGCUACGACCCCUACUACCUGCAGGGCUACAUGCAGCCGGAGAGGCAGAGCGGCGGGCCCGUGGCCUUCCACAAAAACUCCCCCCACGACGGCAAAGGCAAAGACAGGAAAGAGGAGGUGAAAGACGACGUCAAGAUCUCCUCCCAUGAGUUCUCGGACCCUAAGAAAGGCGACGGGCCACCUCAGUCUCAGCUGCAGCUCGCCAUGAGUCAGACCCAGACGGCUUUGGCUCAGUCCCUGUACUACGGCCAGUACUCCAGAGGACUCUACAUGGACCAGAAACUCCUACUGGCCUCCAAGUGCUGCGACCAGACCCUCACCGCCAAGCAAAGGGGACAGGGGUUAAGGGACGGCGAGGAUGUUAAACAUGUGGUGGGGGUGUCAGCCAGUGGAGCCGUGCUAGGUAAAGGUCCAGACGGUGCUAAAGGCUGCUGUGCCAAACCGGUGCUUUCCUAUGUGGAGAUGAGUGAAAGGGGAGAAAGGGGGCAGAGUCUGGGCGUGAAGGUGGUGCACAGUGGUAUGGUGGACCAGCACCAGGUGUCAAUGAAAGACUGCGAUGACAUCAAGUCACCCUCCUCCUCCUCUUCCUCCUCCUCCUCCUCCUCUUCAUCCCUCCACAAUCCAAACAGUCAGACAGAUCUGGACUCAAAUGUUUCAUUUUCCAGUGUAAGUUUCUCCCUCUGUUUAUAACCCGCCGCCGCCGCUGAUGGUGUUGUUGGUGUGCUUUACCGACUGCUGUUGAGUGUCACAAAGAGAUUAACCUCACAUUGUGUACAAAUAGGUGCUAACAUCAAGGACCAACGUGGCUUCUGUGCUGCCAUAGCUCCACUCUGACAUGCUACUUCCGUUCUGUCAAAUGUUUUUUUUUUUUUUUUACGUUUAGAGUCAAAUUUAUUGGAGGAAAUGUGGUUUUUUGUCCAACGUUAGCUGCAAAGGAACAAAAAAGCUUGUACAGUUGUUGUUGUUUUUUUUUUUUUUUCCACCAGCGUCAUCCCUCUAACCCGAGUACAAUGAAAGCCGUGUUGGAGAGGUUGUUCUUUUUUUCCUCCAAAUUGCUCUAAACUCUGCACUCGAUCGUGUGUGAGACGCCACUCUCCUCCUCACAUCUCACCGCUGAAUGGCCGCCUGCUGUUGAAACGUCGUCAUCCUUCAUCAACAUCCCAUCCAGAGCCGGUGAUAGAUGGUCUGUCUAUGGCUCUGUUCACCCAACCACAGUGUUUCCUCUAUAGUCGUGCAGCAGCGGUGGGCCACUGCUCAGAGAAAUUGUCCUCAUCUAUAACAAAAAAAAAAAAAAAAAAGCACAGACGAAUGUCAUAAAUUAUCCUUCGCUUCCCCUUAAAAAAAAA